AUGGCUUCAUCAAAUACACCAUCAGAAAUAUCAACUUCUCAGGAACAAGGAUCAACUCCUGAUCCAAUAAUUGGAACCCAAAAAAAUAGUAACAGAGGAAAAACUGAUCCUGCAUGGGGCCAUUGUAAACAAGUUUUGGAUAAAGAAAAAACUGCUCUGUUAUGUAUUUAUUGCGAGAAGCUUAUUAGGGGUGGAGGAAUUAAUCGGGUUAAGCAUCAUUUGGCUGGAAAAGGUAGAGAUAUUGAGGCAUGUCGAAAGGUGUCAGCUGUGGUGAGACACCAAUUCAAUCAAAACAUUGAAGAUCUUCGAACCAAGAAAAGGAAAACUCAAGAAGAAUAUGCAGAAAGUUAUGGUGCUUGUGAUGACGUUGAAAGGGAAUUUGAUGAGAUUGAACGUAAUGAGAUGCGACAACAACAAGCAUCAAGAAUUCCAGCACCUAGCUCUAGAAAGGGUGUUGGAAAACAACUCAAGAUAUUACAAUCCUUUUUUCCACCUGCAACAACACCUAGAGCUCAACCAAGUAUUAAAAGUGUUCUCCAAAGUAAAGAAAUUGUGGAGAAGUGUGAUAUUACUAUUUCAAGAUGGAUGAUGGAUGCCUCUGUGCCAUUCAAUGCGGUUAAUUCAGCAUAUUAUCAGCCGAUGAUUGAUGCUAUUGCAAACAUGGGUGCAGGGUAUAAAGGGCCAAAUUACCAAAGAGUUCGUGGAUAUUUGUUGAGUAAAUUGGUUGAAGAUGUAAAGAAGAUGAUUGAAGGUUAUCGUGUGAUUUGGAAACAAACUGGAUGUACUAUCAUGGCUGAUGGAUGGACUGAUCGUUGUAGGCGUACUUUAAUUAAUUUCUUGGUUUAUUGCCCUAAAGGAAGUGUUUUCCUAAAGUCAGUUGAUGCUUCUCAUAUCUCGAAAACUGCUGAGGCUUUGUUUAAGUUGCUUAGGGAUGUUGUGUUAUUUGUUGGUCUUGAGAAUGUUGUACAUGUAGUGACGGAUAAUGCUGCAAAUUACGUUGCUGCUGGAAGGUUGUUGGAAUUGGAGUUUCCUAGAUUGUAUUGGUCUCCUUGUGCGGCACAUUGUAUUAAUCUAAUGUUGCAGGAUAUUGGGAAGUUCGUGGAAGUGACUGAAACUGUGUCACAAGCUUCAAUGAUUACGAAGUAUAUCUAUAAUCACUGUCAUCCGUUGUACUUGAUGAGACAAUUCACAGGCGGUCGAGAAAUACUUCAUCUAGCUCCAACUCGAUUUGCCACUAAUUUCAUUGCUUUGCAAAGUAUUUUAGCUCAAAAGGAUGUAUUGAGAGCUAUGGUAACAUCUAGAGAAUGGACAAGUUCAGCUUACUCUAAAGAAGCCAAAGCUAAAAAGUUUGUGGAUCAAGUCUUAGAUUCUAAAUUUUGGAAUCAAUGCACUGAUAUUGUUAAGCUUACGGAACCACUUGUUCAUGUAUUGCGUAUUGUGGAUAGUGAAGAUAGAGCUGCAAUGGGUUUCAUUUAUCAAGCUAUAUAUAAGGCUAGGGAAGACAUGGUGAAGAGGUUUCAAAAAAGAAAGAGGGUUGUUGAACCUUAUUUGAAGAUUUUAGAUUCACGUUGGGAUUCACAACUUAAAAGAAACCUUCAUGCUGCUGGUUAUUGGUUAAAUCCAGCUUUUCGAUUUAAUUCUGCAGAAUUUGACAAGCACAAAGAAACAAUUUCUGGCCUACUAGAUGUGAUUGAGAGAUAUGCUUACGGUGGUGCUAAUUUGAAUACUAAAUUGACAAGUGAGAAGAGAAUCUUUAAGAAUGCUGAAGGAGAUUUUGGAAGACAGUCUGCAAUACGUGAGCGAAGCACAGUGAUGCCUGAUCAAUGGUGGGAAUCUUAUGGAUGUGGAGCACCAAACCUGCAAAAGUUAGCGAUUCGUGUUUUGAGUCAAACUUGUAGUUCUUCAGGUUGUGAGCGCUACAACAAAAGGAACCGAAUGAGAAAGCAAAGUUAUGAUCUAAUUUGUCUUGAUGCACUUGAGGAUCAUUCGGAAUGGAUAAUGGAAGAUUCACCACUAUUUUUAACUCCUGAAGAAGUUGAUGCUUUACGGAAUGAUCUUGCAAAUAUGUCUCUUCAAUCAACUUUAGAUGAUUUGGAUGAAUUGAAUCUGGAAGAUGAUCGAGAUGAUGGUGAAGCUAAUAAUACUUCUGCGGAAAAUGCAAAUCAGAAUGAAACCAAUCAGGAUGUAUCUCCAGAUUUGUCAGAUGAAGAAAGAUAUCCAGACUUUGAAGUUACUCCUUAG